AAAUAUACCUUGAGGAAACAUUUUAGAAUUCAUCUUGUUUGCCAGUUUCAAUUGCCGUGAAGAACAGUGACGAUGAAGAUGGAAUCAAGGAAGGUAGAGAUUGUGCUGCUGCUCUUUGGAUUGGCGGCCAUUGCCACAGUAGAGGCACAGAUUCCGUUUCUACAAUUUACUGAUGGUGGGGUCAAGGUCAAUUUUGCUGGGUACCACGCUCAGGCUGGUUUAGGUGGUUUAUUGGGAGGUGCAAAGGCGGGUGGAGGUUUGCACGCAAGUGCAGGUACGCCAACGGGUGCACAUGCAUCUGCAGGUUUAGACGGACUUCUGACUGGCAAUACAGCGAAUGCUGGUGGCGGGCUUCACGCUAGAGCAGGACUAGGUAACGGUGGUCCUGAAGCUGCAGCUGGUCUUGGAGGUGCAUUAGAUGGAGGCGCAGGUUCGUCGGCAGCAGGCGGAUUAUACGCUGGCGCAACUGCUGGUGGUGGAGCAAGUGCAGAUGCAGUAGCAACAGGCGCCGUUGGUAACAAUAUUCAAGUGAUAAGCAAACCUGCGAAGAAGAAUGUUGGAGUCUAUAAACAGAAGGCAGCAGGAGAGUCGUCUGCAUCUGCAGGACUUUUUGGCAAUAUCAAUGCAGGUGCAAGUGCAAGUGCAGAUUCCGCAGCCGCAGUUAACACUCGCAUAAACACUGUUAAGGAUGAUGUUCAGGUGCGAAAUCUAGAGGCACCCCCUGUUGCGGCUGGACCAGCUUUCGCAGAUGCCGGUCUCUUCGGAGGACUCUAUGCAGGUGCAGGAACUGGCAGUGGCAGUGCUGUUGUCAAAACAGUGGAAAAAACGCAUGUUCCAAUUCAAAGACCUGUUGUGGAAACUGCACCUGCUAAUGCAGGUGCAAGUGCACAGGGCGCACUAUAUGCCGGAGCUAGUUUGGGUGGGGAAUCCUACGUGGAGAAACCAGUAUAUCCUGCACGAUGGCAUCAUAUUAAAAGGAUUCAUGUAGCUCCGAAGGAAACUGUAAAUUAUGGUUCCUCCUCUGCUCUGAACGCAAAUGCAGAAGCUCAGGGUUCGGCUUCCGCGUCGGCUGGUCUCUCCGGUGGAUUAUAUUCGAGAGCAGGCAUAGAAGGUGGAUCUGAAAAUGGUGCAACAGUAACAAAAUAUAAAAGUGCCACUUUUUUCGAUGACGUCUUUAAUAUACCAAUCUCCACGCUUACAGCUGUAAACCAGCUACUGAAAAACAAGGGUUAAGGAAAAUUUAUCUUAUCUUUUAUACUUCGUGGAAAUAUAUUUUACUUCGACUUUUUAUUCAUUAAUGUACUUGUUUACUGCUACAUUGUCUUUAUCAAAUAUUUCAUACUUUACUUAUUUCUUACGUUCUAUAAGUUUUCAAUGUUAAAAUACUGAACAAAAAAUAUGUUCGUUUUUUAACUGAAUCAAAAUAUACAAUGUAUACCCGGUAAUCGGCAUCUAUAAUAAUACUGAAAUAAACACUAAUCUUUAACCA